GAUCGCUCAGUCUGGCCUCGGUAAGGAUCGAUUUGCAUUGGGAGCGAGAGAGAGCUGGGUCGAGUUUUGUUCAGGAAUAGAUCGCCUUCUUGUGACAUUGCAGAACUGCAAAGUGUGGGAUGAGUUGAAGGUGAUGUUAUGGAGCAGGAUCGAACCCAGGCUGAGGUUGGGUGGGGGCGCCCGGGGAUGACGGAUCCCCGAUCAAUGAUAGAUGCCAUGCAGGACCCGGCAUACCUUGCAGCAAUGGCGGCUCACAGUUUUCAGAGUGCCAGUUCCCAAGCGGGACCGGUGAGCUUGCCUAGCGGUCUCCCUUCCUUCAACAGCAUGGCAGGGAGUCCCGGGGCUAUGGGCAUGCAGGGAAGGGCCGGGUAUCCUGGGGGUGGGGACAUGCCGAUGUUCUACCCAAAUCAGGACAACGCGCCAGCCGAUUUCAGAAGGUCAGGCAUACCUGAUGCAGUCACUCCCAAUGAUGCGCAGUUGAACCUAAAGAGAAGGAUAAGUCAGUUGGUCCAGAUGCGAGCCAUGUUUGGAGCUGGAGGACCAGGGGGAAAACCUGGGGGACCUGGAGGUCAAGUUGGGGGACCUGGAGGUCAGGUUGGGGGACCUGGAGGACAAGUUGGGGGACCUGGAGGUCAAGUUGGGUCACCAGGGGGAUUUGGGGGAGCUGUGGAAAACCCUUCCUCACUCUUCCGUGCCCAGUCGUUGCCCCAGUUACACAGAGGUGAUAACCCUGGAGGAAGUCUCCCAGGGGUUGAUGGGAAAGAUGAGGCAGGACUAUGGAAGACACAGUCACAGAAGGAUCUUCAAUAUGGUUCUCCAAGUCCCCGAUCCAUGGCCAGUAUGAUGAUGUCUGCUCCAUCAUCACCCCUGGCCAGGCCCCUCUCCAGACCUGCUUCCAGACAAGACCUGCAGGACAUGGCUCAGAGUCCUCAGGGAUUCAAGUUGCAACAGGAGGUCCAAAAUGCUUUGCAACAGCAACAGCAACAGCAGCAGCAGCAGCUAAUAGGGCAGCAACCACAACUUCCACAUCCAAAGAACCUGCAGCAUCCACAACAGCUGGUUAAUCAUCUUCAACAUCCAGGGCAGCAGCCACAAUCAUCACAUCAUCAGAAUAUUCAUCAUCAACAGUUAACGAACCAACAGCAUCAACUUCAACAACAAAGGCAGCAACAGCCUCCAGAUAAUCAUCAACAGAACAUGCAGCAGCAACAGCAGCACCCUCAACAUCCACAGAACAUGCAUGGAAAUCAACAACAUCUGUUUCAAAAGCAAGUGCAAAGUCAACAGAAGGUUCAGCAACAACAAGUGGGAAACCAACAGUUCCAAACUAUGGCUCAUCAACAACAGGGACAUGGCAGUCCUCAUCCUCAUCAUUUUAACAUGCAACAACAUCAUCAACAACUUGGGCAGCAGCAGCAGCAAGGGCAACAGCUUCAAAACCCUGGAAAUCAACCCAAUUUGCAUGAACAAUUGAGUAAUCUGGUUGCUCAUCAGCAACAUCAACAACCAAUGAAACAUCCACAGCAGAUGAUGCAACAGCAGCCAAACCAACAUCUGCAACGUCCACAACAGGCUGCAGAAUCUUUCAAGAAGCCAUCCCCACAAAUGCUGCCACCUCAAGCUCCUCCUCAAUACUGGACGACAUCUCAGGGAAAUCAGGAUAAUAACAUUCUCAGUACAAAUUCAUCAUAUCCAUCACUGAAUGCAUUUGUCACAACAACUGCUUCAAGCUCAACUGUGAUGUCAUCUGGUCCAUCAGGGGCUCCUGCCUCUGGUAACCAGAUGUUUGAUCCUGUGGCAUCUCACACUCACAAACCAACAGGACAACCACCAUCCCCCAAAUUCCCUGGCAAUCAGAAGAACAUGCUGCCAGGAAACUUUGAUCAACAAUUUCAAAACUUCAAGGGAGUCAGUGCAAGCUUUCCGAGCUACCCAGUGUCUUCAGAAAGCAAUUUUGCAAAUUCUGUUGGCUUUCCUGGCAAUCUGUUAAAUAAUUCUGAAGUCAAAAAUACUAAUAUUGAUGGACAAAAAGGCAGCAUAAAUUCUCUACCUGAUGCUAAGCCAGUGAAUGCAGAACCUAACAAACCUAAAAAGACUAGGAAACCCAAAGCAAAGGUUGAAAAGACCCCUGAUAACAGCAAGAUUUCAGAUUUGAUGGCUUCAGAUAUAGACAGAAAGCUUCUGGCUAUGUUUCCUCAAUAUCACUUCUAUCUGGAUCAGAACACAAAGCCAAUGGAGGAUGUCAUGCCUCUACCAGCAGGCAAAAAGCUGAAAAAGAAGAGACCAGCCAACUUGACUCCAGAUGGAGAGCCCAAAAAGAAGAAGAAGGUGAAGAAAAAGGUUGAUGGAGUCCUCCCUGAAGGUGUUCCACAACAUCAGCCAGGAUUUCCCAAGACUCCUUUAUUGGCUUCAGAAGCUGCUCCUUUAGACACCGAUCUGAGCAGGCAGCAACAAGAGGACAAGAAGGUUGCUCAGAUUCUCGCAGCUAUCAAAGAUCCAAAAUCAGAAGCUCCUCCUUCAGGAAAUCCUCUGAUGAAUCAUAAAAGUUUGUCUAGUGCUAAAAUUGCUACUCCAAAUUCUCUCCCAUCAUUUAAGUCAAAAAGUGAUGGAGAACCUGUGAUUAGUGCUGAUCCAUUUCAGUUUGAAGAUGAUGAUGAUGGUCCUGGUGUUAUACUACAGCCUAGUCUGUCUAAGAAAUCAGCUCAAGAAUCAAAAUUGUCCCAGAAUGAGAAUCUUCAUCAUCUUCUAGGAGGAAGUAGUGAGAAUCUGGAUAAAUUUUGUUGUAAUCAUUGUGAAGAAACUGGUGAUCUGCUGUCUCUACACUGCCAGAACAAACACUCACAGAAUUCAAUGAAAACGUCAUUAGGGUCUGUGAACCAGACAGUAUCACCUCAUUCUGAAGGAUCUCAAAAGCAGCAGGUUCCAGUUCAAGAACACACUCCAACAUCAUCUACAUAUCACAACACCCAAAGUCUUUCAUUUUCUCAACAACAAAGUCAUAGUGCUGGGUCCACAGCUGUCACUACUGGAUCAGACCCUCUAGCUACUACCACUAUCAAACAUGAGACUUAUAGUGUCAGUGUGACACCUGCUGACACAAAAGUUCCUCUUAAGGAUUAUAUACUAGACCAAGGGCCCCAAACUCAGGCUAAUCCCUUAGCCAAUCUACAAGCUUCAGUUCAGAAUAUAUUUGAUGAUAGUUCACUGAACCAUUUCAAUGGUCCUCGACUUCAUAUUCCACCUGAAAUGCUAAAUGAAUAUUUGAACAAAACUGAGGGAAAUCUGAAUAGUAAGAUACAGUGUGGUGGACUGUCUCCAAAUAAACUAUUGUCCAGUAAAAAUGCAGAUUUUUUGUCCACAAGUUACAGUCCACCCCACGAUAUUAAACCAGUUCCUCCAUCUGUGCCGUCUGCUCUGAAUCAGUCCAAGACAGACAGCAAGAUUGAUGUGAAACUACCAGAGCUUUCGCCUGGCAUGAGAGUAGGUCCAGAGGGUACCACUACCCCACAGACAACGCCAACGAAAGACAAGAACAGCAAGGUCCAAUUCAACAUUGAUGAUGAUGAUCUCUUAGCAGAUGAAAUUCCAAUUAAGCUUGGAUCAGUGGAGGAGGAACUGUUUGAGAGACUCAAGAACAACAAGUCCGAGGUUCCUCACUGUGAUUGCUUAGGACCCAACUAUGUCCUCAAUGAGAGUGUUGAAGGACCCUACUACACACAGCUGGGCUCUGGUCCCGAUAUACCUUCAAUCAGGAAGCUCCUUGAACAAAGAACUGGCACGACGGGCAACGCCAUUCGCAUAGAGAAGAUUAUAUACACAGGCAAGGAAGGAAAGAGCUCACAAGGAUGUCCUGUUGCCAAAUGGAUCAUUCGCCGGUCAAGUCCAGAGGAGAAGUACCUGUGUGUUGCCCGCCACCGACCUGGUCACUUCUGUGCCCAUGCCUACAUCAUUUCUGUCAUGGUGGCAUGGGAUGGGGUACAGUCGGAUAUGGCUGAUGAUCUCUACAGUUAUUUGAGUGGAACUGUCACCAAGUUAGGAUUUGAGACCGAAAGAAGAUGUGGUACGAAUGAAAGAAAAACCUGUGCAUGCCAGGGAGUAGACUUGGUGAGACGAGGCGCAUCAUUCUCGUUUGGCUGUUCAUGGAGUAUGUAUUUCAACGGCUGUAAAUAUGCUCGCAGUCGGGAUGCCAGAAAGUUCAAGCUCAAGGACACAGUAAAGGAAACAGAGCUUGAAGAGAGGCUACAAAAUCUGGCCUCAAUGGUGGGACCACUGUACGAGACUGUUACACCAGAUGCCCAUCGUAACCAGUGUCAGUUUGAUACCGAAGGAGGAGAAUGUCGCCUCGGCGACAACAAAGCCCGUCCAUUCAGUGGAGUAACUGCCUGUGUUGACUUCUGCGCUCAUGCUCACAAGGAUCUCCACAACAUGAAUAACGGCAGCACUGUGGUUGUGACCUUGACCAAGCACAGAGGGUUUCAGAAGCCUGAGGAUGAGCAACUCCACGUGUUGCCCCUGUAUGUUCUUGACCCCACAGAUGAAUCUGGAAGUGUGGAAGGGCAGAGGGAGAAGAUCAGACAGGGAUGCCUUGAAGUCCUAACCAACUAUCCACUUGAGGCUAAAAUGAGAGCCCAACCCCUAACCCCGAAGAAAAGAGGAAAAGCAGCAAAGAAAGACAGCCCAAAUGCUAAGAAGAAGAAGGAACAAGAACCGGUGUUCCCCCAGCCUCCAGUCCACAACGAGGCACCCCCAGCAGGUGGUGCUCCUGCAAAAGAACAGCACGCCAUGCUGGAGCAUCUGAUGAAGAAAGUCAACAAUGAGAGUAUUUCAUUUGAAGAUCUCAUGUCUCACUCGUAUCUUCCAGGCUUUAAUGAGCUGUAUGGCAAAUUCUGGGAUUACUUCUAUGCCAAUGGUACAUUCCCUCCUGGAACUUUCUUGUCAAAAUGGGCAGCUAAUAAAAUGUCAUUUUUGAAUAAUCAAAAAUCAGACGGUGCUGGAAACCAUUUUAAGAUGGAAAAUAAUCAAAUGCUUCAUAAUCCACACCAUCCCAAUAUUCCAAACCACAAUGGCCCUCCAUCGCAGGGUCAACAUUUAAAUCAAGGUCAAGGGCAGCAAAAUGGAAUGACCCCUAACCCUCAAGGUCAAGGGGUGAAACAUGAAGGUCAUAAGCUAUUCAGUCAUCAUCCAUCAAUUCCUCAAAAUGGUGCAUCUCAGGAACAACAUCAAGUAUCAUCGAACUCAUUCUCAUCCCCACUGGACAUGUUGUCGACUGCUGCAAUUAUGCAGAACGGAGAUAAGCUGUGUGCCAAUGGACCAGGAGGUGCUCAUCUACCACCUCAAUUUUCAUCUUCCCAACCAGUGCCUUCCCAGCCUGGUCCAAUGUCAGGUCAAACAGGUCCUCCCCAUCCUCAGACAACUCAGGAUCAACCAAAUCCGUCUGGAUACCCAGCUAUGCAACAUCGAGCAUCAUCACUGCCACAACAUCCAAAUCAACAUUCCAGUGCAGACGGCAAAUCUGACUGUAACAACCCUGCGGGGUUCAAUAAUAGGGCACCCUGCAAUCUAGCAGGGACAUCAAUGUGCAAUGGAGGUGCAGACAAAUCUGCACUGGACUUUGGAAAUCAGAAUAGGCUACAUGCUGACGAGCCUAAUGAAUGUAUGAUAGACCCAACUGUUGUCAAAUGUGAGUGGGAGUACAAUGAGGAGGUUUUCCGCGAUCCCAACAUUGGUGGUGUUGCCAUUGCCCUAGGGCAUGGCGCUGUGCUGUUUGAAGUUGCCAAGCGUGAGCUACACGCAACAACUGCUCUGAAAAACCCAAACCGCUAUCAUCCAACCAGAAUAAGUCUUGUGUUCUACCAACAUAAAAAUUUGAAUUAUCGGCACCACGGCUGGUACGAAAAUGAACGAAAGAUGGAAAUGUUACGACAGAAGAAGUUGGAGAAAAUGAAAGACCCCAUCGAAAAUGAGGUCCCAGUCAAUGGAGCUGUCAAUGGAGCCGUGAAAAUUGUUAAAAAGAAGAAAAAGAAGGAAACUGUCGAUUUUGCAAAAACUUCAGCAGCACAGUACAAAUAUAUGUGGGAUGCACCUGUUCGGCAUGGCGUCUCCUUGACAACGGACUCUAUUAUUACACGCUGGAUAGAUCCGCAGCCAAUGGUAUCAGGCCCUUAUCAACGGUGGGUUUGAUAAACCAAUCAGAUGUAUUGUUCAAGGAUAAUUGGGUUUAUAUGUAAGCAUUUACCAUCCUAGUACUUAUCUCUAGUUUCAGAACAUGUUCUUGUUAUUGUUUAUACCAUACAUAAACAGCUUGUAACAAUGUUGUGCCAACAUUCAUGUCAUUUUGUUUAUUGUUAAGCCUCUUCAUCGUUUAUAAAGAAAAAAUAGCAAGUUUUUUAAAUUUUGGGAUAAAGAUGUUAUGUUUUGUUUGGCUAUUCCAUUGUGCUUCAGAUAAAUGAGAGGCAGUGCUAGGGUUUUUAAGAUAAACUGUUAACUGUUAUGUCUUUCAUCUCAGUAUGUUUUGAAAUUGUGCUAUAAGUGAAUUGUUACAUUUUCGAAACAGUAACUCAUGCAACGCAUGUCGUGUUUUCAUGAGAGUGGAACAGGUGUGCAUAGACAGGAAUGAAUGAUCAGCAUCAUUUGUCCAAACAUACCUCUCUUAAAUAGGCAUAAAUGUGAGAUUUUCCUGAUAGUAGUUCAAGCAAAGAGUUUGUUGGAAAUGACUAUUUACAAAAGUUGUUUUUAUUAUUUUUCCCAAUUAUGAACGUUUUUCUGUGGUUUUACUAUGUUUGUGCUGUGAGAAAGUGCUGUGAGAUACUGACAAAUUUCAAGAAAUUUAAUUUCACAAAAUUAAAGAGCUUUUAUUUCGGGAAUUGUAAAUGGUACGACAACUUGGCAAAUUGUGAGUUUGAUUUCUUGAAAGUAAUUCAGUGUAAUGCAUGUCAGAUACUGCUUGUAUACAACUAAUUAAAUUAUAAUUUAUAUGAUAGUGAUUUUAGUUAGCAUAAUUUAAGGCAAUGAGCAGUACUGCUCGACACUUAUUAACUCAGGGUUUUUCAAUAUAUUGUUUAGCAUACUCACAUGUAUAUGAAGUCACAUGUAUGACUUUAUUAAAGAGAAAUAGUAUACUUUAUGAAUAUUCAUGCAGUUUAUAUUCACAGAAACGCCUGAACAUAUUCUUUCAUACCUGCAUAGUUUCUGUAUAUUUUAUGUUGUUAUUGUUGCUUUGAGUGAGAAAUGUAAUUAGUUAGUAAACCCCAUGUUAUAUCAAAGUAGAACCUGAAACAUCUCUGCAAAAUCUGCAAAAAAAUUCAAAUUUUCAAUAAAGAUAAUCAAUUUUAAGCCAUGACAACGUUAACUGCAUGUACAGAAGUACAAGAGCCAUGUUAUCGUGAUUAUGAAUAUGAAAAUGGUACGAAAGAUACUGUUCCCAAAACACGAUUUGAUAUGCUAUGUACUUUACUUGUAAGUGGUAUUUACAUUCAUCACUUUUGAUUAAUAACGGCAGCUGAAUUUUUCUAAUUCAUGUAGAGUGGUUAAGAUUAUCAUGUGAUCUGAUUCUUCAGUCAGGAGAGUCAGGUAUGAUCUUGGCUAGGAAUGUGACUUAAUUACAUUAUAUAUUGUGUCAGUCUGUGUUUUGUACCAAAUGUGAAUUAAUCGCCAUUCGAGGAAUGUAUUCUGUACAUUGGUUUUAAUUGUAAUAUAAAUUAAGUCAUUCUUAUUCUGCAAUAGUUGAUAUUUGUAAUUUCAAAUUGUUAUAACAGGCAUAAAUGUGUGUAUUUUGAGACAUUGUUGUACAGGUAGUUUAUUUAUCAUGGUAACCAUGGUAACCCAGAGAAACAAUUGUACAAAUUAAUGAAUUCAUUGCCAUCAAGAAAGCUUAUGUGACAUAGUCAUCUGAUGUUUAGUGUAAGAGAUUUUUACAUAUGUUAUUUGUUAUUGUCUCAAGAGUUCCUCUUACAUUAUGAUGUUUUCAUAUUGGCGAAGUAUGAUUUUAUUUGUUAAAGUCAUUCAAAUGCAUGUUUAGGUUUUAAAUCCCAUUUUUUCUGGCAUGUGUGGACAUUUCUCACUUUUUAAUGAAUGAUAAGUCACCAUUUUUGUUGUUUAUUUUGUUUUAAUUAUUGUUUCACAAGAUCUCAAACAAUAAUUGUUUACCAGCUGUGAAAGACGAUGACACAAAACAAAGAUGGCAUAAUUGUUCAAUAAUGAUUUGAAAGUUGUACAUUAGGUGGAUGUGUAUAUCAAACCACAAUAUAUAGGGAUUUAUCUUGACCUGCUCAGAGGCUGACAAUCGGCCCCAAAUCUACAGCAAUAGUGAGUACAAAUCCACAUUCAAUUUAAAAUCUCCCAAUUCCUGUUUUUGUAGUUACCGGUAUAAUAAUGUCAUGGCUUUAUACGGAUAACUUAUAGUUCACUGAUAACAUGCCCAGUAAGGACGAAGAAGCUUGAAUGCUUUUUUGUACAGUAUGGCAUUGAAUGCAUUUAUUAAAUAUAUCUCAAUUUAAGAAAAUAAGGUAUUUUUAUUAAAAUUUAUUUUGAACCAUGAAUCCUUCUCAAUUUGCCUGCCAAGUGCAAUUGGGAUGCAGUUGUAGUUAAAUCCCUGCAUUAUGAUGGUAUGACAAUGGAGUCUGUUUGGGGGGAUAAUCCAGAAUGGUUAUUCUCCGUGUUGGCAUUUUACCAGUGAGGGCUCUGUGUCUAAUCUGGUCAAAACAUGUAGCAAUGCAGCUGAUAGUAACAACCCUGAAUUUUCAGAAAAGGAAAAAAAAAUCUUUUUUCAGAAAUUGAUUGUUUAACCUUCUGAAUGCUUGUUGUGUUUCUCAAUUACCUUCUUAGCCAUUUUCCGUCUUUCUAGAAAUAAGGAUCUUUGGAACUAUGGAAGGGUUUAGUUUGACCGAACAACAUUUUUAUUAAAAAAAUUGACCCAGAUGUUUUGUGUGGUCUCAAGAAGGUAACCAUGUAAAAUGCUCAAAUUAAUCAUGUCAUUGAUAUUCACACCAAACUCCAUUAACUAGGAAAUAUGAUGCACUUGUAAACAUUGUUACUUAUCUGCUGUAGGUAAUGGUGUCUGUCCUCAUUAGACUGCUUGUUCCUCAGGACAAAAUCAGGCAGGUCCUUGUGAUGCAUCUGGUACAUUUACUCUCCAAGUCAGGUUUCGUGCUAUGAAAGUUCAUUGAAUUAUCAAUUAACCUAGGUGGUCCAGUGGCCUAAAGCACUGUAAAUCACUGAGCAGAGUUGCAUCCCUUAGCUGUGUCAGGAUCUGCAGGUUGUGGGUAUCAAUCAUGAAUUUGCCCUGAUCGUCAUCCUUGAUAUGUCAGUGCUCCAUUGCUUGUGGGUUUAACCAAACUUGUAAACAUCUAUGAAUUACUUCACUUUGGGAUUUCCUCCAACAUAAGCUGACACAAUGGGAUGUACUCGAAAAAUCUUUUAUUUUAUUGGAUUGUAAAAGAGUUGGUGCUAAAAUUCAAUGUUGGUGGUCGAAAAAAAUUAUUCUAAUUCAGACUAGUACACCUAUAAAUGAAUGAAAAACAAACAAAUUUGAACGUAACAAGAUAUCAAAAGAUAUUUGAUUGUAUUUCUGUUUAUUAGAAUCAUAAUUUUUAUACAUGUUAUUCACCAUUUCUUACAAACAAUGGUGAUGAAAUCUUUUUUCAGUUUUUUAUUGUCUAAAAAUAUUUUUAAUAAAUAAGGCCCAACUGAACCACUGUUUAAAGCAGGGUUGAACUCCACUCACUCACUCAACAUUGGCUCAUGACAUAAUCAAAUUCAUUACUGUUUGUCCUUUCGAUGGUUGGAGCCGUGAGAAACUGAACUGUAAACUGCUGAGGUAGAAUACAACCGCUUCUGUGCUAGAAUAUUUUAUUUGCCAUUUUGAGGAUUUUGGAAAUAUUUAGUAGUACUUCAUUAUGAAACUCUACUGAAACAUUGUUUGGUAAAAUGUAGUUGUUUUCAAUACUUGUUUAAUUCUUGAUUGUUUUGUGUAUUGUUACCCAACCGUUUUCAUUGAUGAUAUUUGGAUGAUUGUCUUGUUUUGAGAACACAUAUAUGUGAGGCUACACUAUUUGUAUAUUUUAGGGAUAUAGAUGUUUCGUUUGGUGAGGUAAAAAAACCACUAAAAUCGUGUAGCUCUGUAUGUUUUUAUCUUAUUUGGCAUAUUGUUGUUUUGGUCAGUCAUUUUAUUGGGGAAAAAUAAGAACUUAUUUUUUUAUGAAGACCAGGGUAUUUUAGGCUUAAAAAAGGAUAAAAGAAUUUAUUCUCAGGCAAUGACUUUUGAAAUUAUAGUACGGGCGGGUGUUUUUUGUUGUUGUUUUUUUCGUGUUAAAACAAGUACAUGUAUGUAACAAAAUGAACAGUUGUGUACCAACAACCUGGGAAAGGGCCUCCCUACAUGAAGAAGUAUGCAUGUAAAGGGAAGUAACUGCGUGCUAUAUUGGAUCUCAUUGUUAUAAGUAUUAGGAUUUUUUAGUUUUUGGGGAAAAUGGAAAUUAAGGAAACAUGCGGCAGACUACACCUGAGAGAACAUACUGUGAUUUCUCUGUAAGGUGUUUCCAGAGUGACCAGAGGCUUAUUACAUACAUUUAAUUAAUAAUUAUUAAAAUACUCUAUGUUUGAUGUUUUUUGGUGAUAUCUUUAUAUUUGUCUUACCCAUCACGAAAAAGAAAAGACGAACAAAUCAUUCAAGUCUUAAAAACCUGAACCUGAAAAACAAGUGUGGCCUUAGAUUACACCUUUUCAAAAUUUAUUGUAACACUUCAACAAGAUGAUUUCUGAUUCAAAGCCUAUAUCUUGAAUCUGAUGAGUGGUUUCAUUUGGUUAAAUGAUGUACUAGCAGAUCGAGAGGGGGGAUGCAGGGGACAAACACACUCCUAUUUCCAGACACCUUACAUGUUAACCGCGCCCUUGUCCAAGUUACUUCGUGAUAUGGUUAGGAGCAAACACCCCUCCCCCCUUUUUUCAAAAUCGUGGAUCUUUCUAGGUGAUGCAUGAAUUGUUAAAUGGCAUUUGCUGUUCCACUGACAUACAUUUGGAGGAAGGGGGUAGUUAUUUAAGAUUAAAAGGAUUUGCAGAGAGAAACAAUUACGGUCGGCAAAAACCACACAGGUUCGGGGUGAAUGUGGAGAGAAAACUACACACAUAUUGGUAGGGUCGUGAAAAAGUGGGCAUGUGGGGAGGGUUGAAAAGGAAUUACUUGUUUUCCAGGUUAUCUUUUUCAGUUCAUUCCCCUUUUUAUAAAUAACCAGUCACUGAAAUUCAUGCAUUUAUCACUACAUGUCAACUGCAUUUGUUAUUAACAUUUGUACAUUGCAACUGUCACUCAAGAUCACAUCUCAUUGAUGACAUUUAUAGAUAACAUGUUUUACAUAGUUUUAUAUCUUUUCUAUUUUAGGUAAGAGUAAUUUUACAAAAUCCAACUGUUGAUGUACACUACACGCCUCGACAAUGUUGAUGAACCCUGAACAAUGCCAGCCAAUGAAAUAAGGCUCGCAAUCAGGGACCGAUGAUAACAACAUUGUGUGUGUUAACUGAUCUAUUUAUUAUUUUGUUGUCCAUCUACUAGUAAGGUAGUGUAAUUUAUUAUUUGUAGAUUUUGAACAAUUGUAUAUUCUUAACGGGUAUAUUUUUUAUUAAUAUCCAAAAUAAUAAUAUUGCCAUAUGUUGUAAUGUUGCAGGACACUUGGACAGUUUGAGAUUUUAGAUGUUAUUUUCAGCAUUGAUAUUGAGAAUAAUAUUUAUUAUGUUCAUGACUGAUUUAAUGCUUAUGUCUGCCUAUGGUAUUAAUCUAUGGUUUAAUGAAUUACUUUAAUUCUUGUGAUUGCUGUCUUUCUGGGUGUAAAUUCCUGGUAAUAAUAGAAGUGGGAGAUGCCCACGUAAAAUUGUACAGAGGAUGGAGCAUGGAGGGUUCCACUAUAGAUUGUCAGUAGAUACGAUGUGUAGGAACACACAGUGUUUGUGUGUAUGUGUCGUCAAAAUAGAGAUGAUGAAAAUAAAUCCAUAUUUAUACUGUC